AAUAAACACCAAGCUAACUGCUGAUAGAGCUCCGAGCGCACUGCGUCAAAGCACACACAAAUAUCUUCCAUUUAUAAAGAGCACGUUGAGUACAGCUCCGUACUCUGUUUGCGGUGCAAAUAAGAAAAAACAGCCAUUUCCGAAAAUGACAAAAAGUCUGACGUCGAUGUACGAAUAACUAACGCAGUGCUGUUAGCUUCCUGUCCAGGCACAUAGGUCCAUCUUUCCUGGACCUUUGGGCUCUGGGCUUAGCUCUCUCAAGAAAUGGCUGAUUCAGAAAAAGCAGAGGAAUUUUUGGAUGCUGUAUGCACCCCCGAGUCUAUCGAAGAAGCACAGACCACUGCAGCUUCUGCUCAAGGAGAACAAGAUGAACAUCUGAAAACGGAGACGACUACUAGUACCAGUUCGCCCCCAAGGGAAAAGGAAGCAGACAGCCCCCUGAAUACUGAGGGAGAGCAAAGUCUCCUCUCCAUGCCGUGUCUAAUGAAGGAGCUUCGCCGGGACUCCCCAGAGUCUCAACAUGCCUCCACAGGGAGUGACAAGCCUGUGUCGCGUCACGUCUACGAAAGCGACUCCUCGAAUCCCUGCAUGUUGUCUCCUUCAUCCAGUGGCCACCUGGCAGACUCGGACACACUUUCCUCUGGGGAAGAAGAUGCUGCUCGUCCUGCCGGCGAAGAGGGCAGUAUGGAAUCUGCGAACGAUCCUGGCCAGUUAGAAAAAAGAGAGACCUCUGCCUCAGCUUCAGGAGGCAGAAAGUCUCGCCGGUCGCUUUCGGAGAGUGAAAUGCUUCCAAAUGCAAUGGCCGCUAAGAAGAACCGCUGCCAGCCAACCACAGUGGCGCCAGGGCAGGAAAAACAAACCAAUGGCAAGAUGGGAAAAGUGAAAGGUCACCGGAGUCAGAAACACAAGGAGCGCAUGCGUCUGCUGAGGCAGAAGCGAGAGGCGGCGGCUCGGAAGAAGUAUAAUCUGCUGCAGGACAGCAGCACCAGUGACAGUGAGCUCACAUGUGACUCCAGCACCAGUUCCUCCGAUGAUGAUGACACUUCUGGUGGAAGCAAGACAAUCAAGACAGAUAUUCCAGACGGGCCUCCGGUAGUGGGUCACUAUGAUAUUUCAGGCACUGAUUCUAACCAGGAGAGUAUGAGUGUGGAGACAGUCCGGCCUACGGUGAUAAGGCAUGAGCUAAAAACACACAGAGGCCAGGACAUGGCAGCACACUCUGGGUGUAUAAGAGCUCUGAGCUCAAUCUCAGGCCGUGUGGAGGCAGAGCUGCUGCACAAGGAGAGCUCUCAGCACAAAGGCCAGAUUAACAUUGCGUCCUCAGACAGUGAGGUGGAAAUAGUCGGAGUACAAGAGAACGCACGAUGCGCCCAUCCAUGCGGAGGGGUGAUAAAAAGUCUGUCUUCCUGGAAGGACAAUUCAGUGGAGCAGUUAAACAGCACAAAUCAAUCACAGCUCUGGACUAAUGUUUCCCCUCGCCCAAACUGGGUCUCUCCUCCCGAAGUGGUGGACCUGACGUUGGACGAGGACGCCGGGCACAAAUAUCUACUUUAAAAGCGUUUCGCACACCCCGCCUAGUCCGAUACUGGCUGCAGCCUAGCCCUUACCUGCUUCUAAGCUCCUUGUUAUCUUGAACUCCUAUUUUUAACUUCCUUGAUUAUUAAAGCCAUUCUACUGAUGUGAUUCCCAAAAUACACGCUCGGCAACUACAACCUAGCUAUAAUGAGAUGGCGCAGUGCUGUGAGUGCAAAGUAAAACUUGGGUUAUCUGUUCACAAUAGCAAUAUCCUCCCUUCAUUCAUUACCUCUGUCACUUCUGCUUACCUGAGUUGGGCAGUUUUUUUUGUUUUGUUUUGUUUGUUUCUCAUGCUUGCAAGUGAAAGAACAUUGCGCCUGCUGCUUUAGAUUUUGUUACACUGCUGUUGAUCUGCAUCUCUGCACACUUUGAGUGGAAUGUUUCCGAUCCGAUUUUUUUCGAUAGCACUCAAAAUCGAGCUGAAUCUGGCAUGCUUUUUAAAUUUUUUUUUUUAUAAAUACAGUGUAAAUAUAUGGCAACAGUACCUGAUCAAAAUAUGUUGGGGAGGGAGUUUAAUUUCAGAGGUCUCAACACUGGAUGUGCAUUCAGAUCAGUCACUAUAGACCCAGUCCGCUUUGCACAGUGUCCAACACCGGCACCACCGCCUGUUCCAAUUCGUUCAGAGUGUGUUUCAGCCACACCUUAUAGGAACUGUUACAAAAAUCGUUUGCGAGUUAAAUGAGAGGAUCUUUUGGCUCUGAUAGAUUUACAUCCAAGUGUAGUGUUUUUAAAACUCACUAAUCAAGACUUUUAUCUGGCACACAGGACCUUACUGUCGUAAUAGUAUAAUUUGACACGACUCAUCGUUUUUCCCCCCCCACCUAAACUUCUAAGUCUACUUGACAUUGGAGUGAUUGUCUGCUUCCAUUUUCAUAGAAAAACAAAAGUCUCUGUUCAGACCUGAUGUAAACAUCUGUUCUGGUUGAUUCAGAUCUAUGUAGACGAGUUUAAUGAACAUUCACAGCCUGCUUUAAAACGCUAACACAGAGUCACCUAUUCAUUUAAUGCAGCAAAGAACUUGAAUUAUUUUCGCUUUGAUGUAUAAACCAGCAACACGUACUUUAAAGCAUAUUUGGCUAAAAAUAAGAUAACGGAUAAAGGAAUAGAGCUCUGGAAAAAAUUGAGACCACAUGAAAUGAUCAGUUUCUCUGAUUUUGCUUUUUAUAGCCAAUUGUUUGAGUAAAAUGAACAUUGUUCUUUUAUUCUUUGAACUACUGACAACAUAUCUCUGAAAUUCCAAGCAAAAAUCUAGGAUUUAUUUGGAGAAAAUGAGAAAUGGUCAAAAUAAUCAGUGCUUUCAGACCGCAAAUAGUGCAAAAACAAAAAAAAUUCAUGUUCAUUUUUAGAAACAACAAUACUGAUUCUUUAAUUCAGGAAGAGUUCAGAAAUCAGUAUUUGCGGCUUUCAAUGAGAUUCAGUGAAUACUUUCCAGAGCUGUAUACUUUCGUACAUCAAUGAUAAAACUGUAAUUACUACUUUUUCUGCUUUCAGAACUACUACCUCGGUCACAUGAGUUUUUGUUCGUUUUGUCUUGUAAUAUUUAGGGGAAAAAAAUAACUUUGAAUAGGUCAAACUCUAUAUUAGAAAACUUGAAAUUAGAGUCAAUCCAGGAAAAGCUUGGUUGAGUCAUCGUUAAUUUUGACCGCUCAAAACAACGCCUCGGUACAACGCACGGUUGUCAUCCUACACACAUAACGCCACUUCAAGAUGAAUUGUCAACUCAGAAACAGACUUAGAAUGCAAUUUAAGCUUUCAUAAGUCAAUUCAUUAUCCUGUCGAUCGAUCGGCUUGCUCAGGACAGUCACUGGUGCCAGAGGUGAACGGAGUCAAACUUUUUUCAAAACGUUUCGUUUAAAUUGUGCUUGCAGGUUGAGCUUUUACUGUUGCAUCCAAGGAGGAGUGCGGCGCAGGUUUUAAUUCCAAUACUAAAACAAUUUGGCUCAUUUCCACAUGCAAACACAAGGUGGGAUCUGUGAGUUGGCAAAUAAUUCAUUGUUCUAGUUUUAGUUGUUUUGAGUCGUGUCAAAACAGAAGCCACGUUUUCACCUGAGGGACUCUUAUCAGUGAAUGUUUGACCUUGCAGUGUUGGCUCCAUUUUUACCGCUUUGCAUGCUUCUCUCAAAUAAACAAAAAAGAAAAAGAAAGAAACUCUGAGAAACCCUUUUUAAAAAAGAAAAAAAAAGAAAGAAAUGUUUCUUCCCUUAAUUACUGCAAAGCAAAAUGGUCUGAAUGCCUUGGAAUGUGCACUAUUUGCUUUUAAAAAUGUACAAAGCCUAUUUUAACUUUACAGAGCAGCAGAUUUUGCUGUCUCAUCCACAAAUAUAUUUUAAAAACGGUUGUGAAUUAAGCACAUAUAUAAGUAUAUAUUUAUAUAUGUAUAUAUAUGUAUAUUGAAAAGUAAAGGGUGUUGAGUUUGUGCUCAUGCGUGAGGCGUUGUGAGGCAUUUAAUGUGUGUGGGUUUUUUCCCUGUCCGGUCUCCUCAGGGCCUUCUUGCUUCUUGCCUCCAGUCACACCUUGUCUUCAUACUGUAGUGGAUCCAAGCUGGUGAAUUUCUAUCAAUAGAUAACCUUUGCAAACUGUUUUGCUGUUGUUGUUUUUUUCCUUGUAAAACAUUGAAUAACAUUGACUUUCCUAUACCAUACUUAAUAACAUAGUUUAUAAAUUAACUUCAUCAGAUGUCAGAAAGGGAACAUUUCCAAUUUUAGCAAUCUAUACCAAAGUCUAAAUGGACUUUUUGUUCUCAGUUUGUUUCAGUUUUAUAGUGUGAUCUCGAGUCCCUUUAUGCAUUUGAGCCUUUGUAAACUUGGAAAUAUGAUGCAGAUUAUGUUUUAAAACUCAAAGAUGUCAGUAUAUCUUGCUUUACUUGGCCAGUUAUUUCCACAGUUUGCAGCUUCCACCUUUAUUAAAUCUUUACCGCAACAUUUCUGCUCAUUAGUGACAACAGUAUCAGUAGGCAACGUGGCAGGGAUGCCCGACUGGUUUUACAUUGUUUAAUAGCAUUUUUUUUUUAAAACCAGGUCAAAAAUGUUGCUUAUUGAAGCUUUGAUCCUCUGUUGUUUCUAUUCAGCUUGUUUCUCAGUAUUUUUAACUAGCAAGAAAUGUUUUGUUUUUGGUUGGGUUUUUUUUUUUUUGUCUUUUUUUUUUUUUUUUGUCUUUGUUGCUUCUGCAAGACCCUGACUUCCUUGAAAUCAUGUAUGUAGAACAAAAAGAAACUAUUUUAAGAGUAAAUAAAUAGUAUUAUUUAAUGA